GCCGGCGCAGAGGAGCGGGCGGGCGAUGGGAGACGCCGCUCCGGCGGGAUAGAGGGGCGGAGACGGGGGCACCCCCGGGGCCCGGCCCGCCCGGGGCUCGCCGCGGGCCCGCACCGAUGCUAGUGCACAGCUACCCGGGCAUGGACCGCGCCGAGGGGCUGCCCGGGGCACCGGCCGGGGCACGCCUGCCGCAGCUGCCCGCUCUCAACCAGGCUCCCUACGGCUCGGCCCCGCCGCUCUGCCACACGCCCGCCGCCGACUUCCAGCCGCCCUAUUUCCCCCCGCCGUACCCGCAGCCGCCGCUGCCCUACCCGCAGGGCCAGGAGCCCGGUUACCCGCACCUGGGGGACCCGUACGCGGCGCUUAGUCCUCUUCACCAGCACCAGCAGCCCGCUUGGCCCCCGCAGCGCGGCCGGCAAGACGACGCAGGGCUGCUCUCACAAACCCACCGGGCUCUGGGGCUCGACCCCCGCCGCGAGUACCCCGCCGUGCCCCGCCUGCUCCACGGGCUGCCCGACGGCGGACACGGCCUCGCUGACGGCCCGCUGGGCCUCCACGGGCUCGGACACCACGGCAUCGAGGAUAUCCAGGCCGUGGACGACGGCGGGAUGAACCUGCUCGAUCAGUCCGUGAUCAAGAAAGGCUGGCUCAGGUGCUCCGAUCACCUGCUGCUUGCGGGAACAGGAAAGCAGCAGCUGAAGAUCGAGGGGGACUUUUGGUUUACUCAGAUGACAAGAGACAAUUUUGGUUCCCCCAAAGCCAAGGAAACAAAGCUGUCAGGCUUUAAUGGUAGCUUGUCUCCCUCCUGCAGCAUGUUUAUGGGCAAACAAGCUGCAGAUCAGACCAGGCAAACAGCAGCAGUCAUGGUCUCCUCUUCUCUCUCCCUUCUUUGUCUCCCAGUGCCCAUCCCCUCGAAGGCCAAUGGCACCACCAUUCCCACCCUGGCAAUGAACAAGGAUGGCCUGAUUGGAGGGGUGACGAAUCCCAACGAGGUCUUCUGCUCCGUGCCUGGCCGCCUCUCCCUGCUCAGCUCCACCUCCAAGUACAAGGUGACCGUCGGGGAGGUGCAGAGGAGGCUCUCACCCCCUGAGUGUCUCAACGCUUCUCUCCUUGGCGGAGUCCUCCGCAGAGCAAAAUCCAAAAAUGGAGGCCGGUGCCUAAGGGAAAGGUUAGAGAAAAUUGGACUAAAUCUGCCUGCGGGACGGCGCAAAGCUGCCAACGUCACCCUGCUGACCUCCCUCGUGGAAGGAGAAGCUGUUCACCUGGCUCGGGAUUUUGGGUACGUGUGUGAGACGGAAUUCCCGGCCAAGGCGGCGGCAGAGUACCUGUGCCGACAGCAUUCCGACCCCACGGAGCUCCACACCAGGAAAAACAUGCUGCUGGCUACCAAGCAAAUUUGUAAAGAGUUUGCAGACUUGAUAGCCCAGGACCGCUCGCCGCUGGGGAACAGCCGCCCCUCACUCAUCUUAGAACCCGGAGUCCAGAGCUGUUUGACUCAUUUCAGCUUGAUAACCCACGGCUUUGGGGGCCCAGCCAUCUGUGCAGCACUCACAGCCUUCCAGAACUACCUGGUCGAGUCCCUUAAGGGGCUGGAUAAAAUGUUCAUGAACAGCACAGGGAACGGGCACACGGCCGGAGACUCCAAAGCGUCAGAGAAAGAAGUGAAGCAUCGGAAAUAACGCCCUGGCCCCCUCCCUCUCCCCACUGGGAGCUCUCCCUGGUUGCACUGGAGGGGGUUAAGACGAUCCAGUGCACUGUUUGCGGAACUGCUGCGUUUGAACUCGGGAGGGAAGUCAUCAAGAGAACAGAGAAAAGACAAAAGAGAGAAGAUUUAAAGAAUUUAAGAAGCAACCAACGCUGAUGGACGCAGGGAGAGUGAGGGAAUCGGCCAGGUCGAUGGCUUUGGGGGUUUGCCUUUUUUGUUUUGUUUUGUUUUAAAUCGUGGAAGCAGGAAGCCAAGUCAUGUGCAAUUUUAUUUCGUUUUGUUUUUAAAAGACCCAUUAGUGAAACCCUGACACGCUCCAGGAAUCUGUUCCAACUGAAAAACUGAGAAGAGCAAGCAAAAAGAGCCGCAUGGAUGGAGGGAGCAGGAGCAGCAGAGGGCAGGGAGCUGGGCCGUUGGCUCUACCUGGAUUUAUCAGCUGCUUUUGAGAGGCAAACACAGAGGAAACCUCCCCAUUUCCCCACCUACAGCCCAGUCCUAAAGCCAGGCCAAGAGAAAACUGCCAGCAGAACUGCUUUGGAUUUAAAGCCGUUUCAGACUUCGUUUACAGUUUGCAAACUGAGAUUCCAAGU